GUCAUCAGUCGAGGUCCUGCUGGAGGAGCCGGGCUUGCUGGGUCCCCACGUGUGUGGAAGCAACGGGACCAGCUUUGAGGAUGACCUGACGCUGGGAGCUGAAGCUCUUCUGCUACCAGGGAGCAACAAGGCCACGGCCAGAGACAAGCGGCUCAGCCUGGGGCACAGUGUGGCCUCCAGCCUCACCACCAAGACCAGCUCCAGCAUCUCCGAGGUCCUGGAGCGGUGGGAGGUGGAUGCUGAGGAGAUCCUCUACAACCUGGGCUUCGUGGGGAGCGAGCUGGGGACCGUGUCCCGCGUCCCCACACGGUUCUUCGCGGCUCCUUCCCGUGCCAAAGGCAUCGACUUCCAGCUCUUCCUCAAGGCCCAAGUGCGGCGCAUGGAGAUGGAGGAUCCCUGCUUGAUGCUGGCCAGUCGCUUCCAGCAGGUCCAGGCUCUGGCUGCCACGGCCGAUGCCUUCUUCUGCCUCUAUUCCUACGUCUCGCGGACCCCAGUGCAGCGCAUCUCCCCCUCCUGCUGCUCCGGGGCUCAUCCCGGCAUUCCCAACGUCCACAUCCCGCCAGCCCAGCGCGGAACCCUCUCUCCUGUGGAGCGGCUGAAGAAGGCCGUGGCCACCAUGUGCCUCUACACGUCCCCACGGGAUGAGGACAACCCAUGGGGGUCCCCCACGGUGCCCCCCAUCCAGCCCGGUGCCAUGGGGAGGGUGGUGCAGGAGGUGCUGGAGCAAUUCCGGUUCAGUCCAGAUGAUGUCCUGGAGGGAUGGAGAAGGGACACGGACACG